AUGCUUUUUUGUUUAGAAAUUGAAAAAUUAAUAGUAUUUGAAUCUGUUUGUCAACUUCUUGAACUAUUUGAAGCUAUUACAUUAGUUCUUUUUAAAGAUCAAACUAAUUUAAUAUCAGAUGCUACAAAAGUGAAUGUAAUAAAUGAUCAUGUCUUGAUUGUAAAUGUACUUGAUCCACAUUAUAAAUUUGAAUAUUUAAGAGUAACUUUAAUUGAGGUUGACAAAUAUAAUAAUAAUAUUGUAGAACAGUUUAUUAAUGAUACAAAUUUUAAAAAAAAUCAUUAUGAAACUAAUACAGUUAGAUAUAAGUUAGAGUUAUAUGAAAGAGAACCUCCUGAAGAGUUUGAAAAUAAUAAUAAAGAUAUAGAGAGUAAUGGAAUUUUAUAUUGGAAAUCAUUAUCAAAAAGAUUUCCAAUUUUCAGUAAAAUAGUACACAAUUAUCUUGCCAUUCAACCUUCAAGUGUUGUUAUUGAAAAAGCAUUCUUAUGA